AUGGCCGAGGCUGAUCAUGAUGUGUUGGCAUUGAGAGACACUCCGAUGCUCACCGACGUGCGUUUGCGGGGUAUGGGGUUGCACUACUUCCGCGUUCCGCUUACCAACGUCACUGAGCUUCAUCUGGCACCGGUGGGGUUCCCGCUGUCUUACGCGGCUUUUUGCACGAUAAUACAAUCGUGUUCCGCAUCGCUGAUCACACUGGUCGUCUAUGAUGCUCUCGUCUUCAACCUCGCGCCAUCGCACGUGUACGAUAUGCCUUUCCUACGCCGCAUUCACAUCUACGGAACGAUGAUUCCAAUCUCAGAGCUUCUGCUCUCCAUCUCAGCUCCGGAUCUGGAAGAAAUCUCCAUUGCGCCAUACACCAGGGGUGAUCUCGUCCUGCUGGAAGAAGACAUCAUGCACAAGAGAUCUCCCCGCUUUCCAAAGCUGAAAUCACUCACGCUAACGCUUCGCUCGACCUUCACAGAGAUGAUUGAAUCAGUGUUUGAUCGAGCGGAAUUUUGUUUUCCUGGAAUCAAUACGCUCGUUCUUCCUAGUUUUGACUGGUCGCUUAUGUUACAAUGCCUGACCAAUUCCGUAGUACCUCGGUGGCCUCAGCUGGAUGGCGUUGCACUUCGGGCCCUUGACGACGACUUCGACGUGCUUCAUCAAUUUAUUUUGGACCGCCAGGACGCUGGAGCACCCAUCCGGACGUUGUACCUGGACGCAGAAUCGGUCAAGAAAUUUUUGGUUCAUUACGAAGAUAUGAGGCAGAAGGUUUCUAUAGUAGUAGAGGCGGAUCCUUGGCUGACCCAACAGAGCGCUGCGUUUUAUUCUGAGCAAGAGUCUCGGUUCCUUGGUGAUGACUAG